AUGGCAGGAGGGGGUCAUCAUCAGUCCGUCCGUCUGGACCCGGCUAUCGAAAGAUGGAGCGCCAUGCGGGAAAACGUCUACCAAAACUUCACUUUCACUCGCCGAGCAUCCAGGACAGCAAUCGCCCUCGGUAUCCUUGUACCCGGCGCUAUCGCCUUAGUGGCCAUGGCAUAUGAUGAAAAGUUCGACAUGGCAGGGAAGCGUCGGGGAGAGAGCCUGAUAACUGGCCAGUCUGGCGCAAAACCGGCGGCUAAAGAGUAG